AUGUGAACCCCCUAUUGUAGUACUCAGGGUUUAGACACAAAGUAAGCCAGUCGUAUCUUAAGAUCCUAUUUAAUUUUUGUGCUAUAAUGUGGAGAUAUCAAUGUUUGCUUUUAGUGAUAUUGCAAGUUGUAUUUGCUAGACCGAAGAUAAAUUUAGGCUUCGAACAUGGCUAUAAUGAUUAUUACGAACGUCCACGAUAUGCUUUUACAUAUGGAGUCGCGGACCAUUCGACGGGCGAUGUGAAGUCACAACAUGAAAGUCGAGAUGGAGAUGUUGUCAAGGGACAAUAUUCUUUAGUGGAGCCAGACGGUUCUAUACGCACAGUGGACUAUACAGCGGACCCUGUGCACGGCUUCAACGCUGUGGUAUCCAAAAUAGGGCCGAGUGUGCACGCAGCGCCGGUUACACCGAUCCCUCCAGUUCCGGUUCAACCCAUUAUAGGCGUUUUACCCAAACCAGUGCAAGUUGUGCCUAAGCAAAUCAUAUAUGCAUCUCCAGCACCAUACGCUUUUCCCAAGGUCGAGGGGCCGCACUAUCCAGAAUAUGACGAAUUUGUACUCGACGGACCGUAUCAAUUGUCAUCUAAGAAUUUUUAUUAGGUUCCCAUAUUCAUGUUACAUAUUGUUAUAAUGAAAAAAGGUAUUGUUAGAUGGUUACGUGUGAACGACGUAAUGCUUUUUUAAUAAGAAUUGAGAAUGCUCUAUUAAAUCAACUUUGUUGUUAAUU